AUGGCGUCUGCUGAGACCAAAGCACUCCAGAUUCCACCCUCUUGCACCUCAUCUAUCUCACGCGCUGCCUGCAGGAAAAUCGCAGGAGCCAUCGAUCUGACUGCAGGCACUGGUACUGGUGUGCGAUGGGAGAGCCUUGCCACCCAAGAACAUGGCACCCUCCAACAAUCUCCACCAACCUCCCAAACCUACACCUAG